GCGAGUGGCCGCCUCGUCCUCCGCGAUUAGCGCGCUGAGGCAGGAACUCUGAAACAUCUUGCGCAGAAGAACAGGCGGCGCAUGAGACGAGUUUCGCUUCUGACUGGAGUUAUUGACACAAAGGCAAUACAUUUUCCGGAGUUACGUCGGAGAGCAGUCUUGUAGACACUGACUUUUCCAUUCCUGGGCAUUGGUGUUUCCAUACCAGGACAUGAUACUCUCCACAGUGAAUCCAUAGACGUUUGGCACAGUUCUAUAAAUCCUUUGGAAGUAAACAGCACCAUAGAAAUGCGGAGUCUUCUUCUGUUCCUCAGAGAGCUGCCACCUGACCUGAUGAGGGAAGCACAGCACCUCGUUCAAACCACUCCACAUCCGCUCCGAUCAGAGUGACCCACCUCUCUGUGGCCGAGGGGUGGCCUUGAGAAGCUGCCUGUUAGAGUUAUUCUGACACCCUCCACCUCUCUGAGGAACUGUGGGGUGACGUUCUGAGUUCAGAAUGAGCAGAUUUCGGCAGCUGGGACUACUGCUCUGGAAGAACUACGUGUUACAGAAACGGCAAGUGUUGGUCACCAUUAUUGAAAUAAGCCUGCCACUUUUAUUCACUGCAAUUCUUAUUGUUCUAAGACAACGCGUUGUGUCCGUCCAGUAUCCCAAUGCAACAGUAUAUCCCUCCUUCAACAUUAACGACAUCCCGUUCUUCCCACAACAUCCUUUUGCUCAGUGGUAUGUGGUUUACAUUCCUUCCAAUGUGACGGCAGUAGAGACGAUCGCCAUGGCAGUGAAAGAUAGUCUGCACAGGGUGGUUGGAGUUCUGGGUUUCCACACAGAAGCUCAGUUUGAAGAAUUUAUAAAAUCUGGAAGUAAGUUGGCACAGAGUGUGUUGACAGCUUUGGUGUUCGACCAUGACUUCAAGCAUCCUGAGGAGCGUUUACCACUACAGGUGAAGUACCACCUCAGAUUUAAAUACAGUCCUUGGAAUGCACCUCUUGAGGAACACACCUCUUUCAGUCCUAGCGAGGAUCAAAACUGGCACACAGAGUACCUCUUCCCGCUGUUCCAGUUGCCAGGGCCUCGGGAGAGGUACUUCAAGGAUGGAGGCACUCCAGGCUACUAUCGCGAGGGUUUCCUGGCCACCCAGCAUGCGACAGACAAAGCCAUCAUCAGGUACCACACUGGCCGUGUUGGGGCUGAGCUCCUGAGCUUGACGUCAGUGCAGAUGCUGCGCUUCCCUUACCCGCCCUACAUCGAUGACCUCUUCAUUCUGGCGAUCCAGACCCAGCUCUCGCUCGUUGUCAUGUUGAGCUUCACCUACACGGCACUCAACAUCACCAAAGCCAUUGUGCUGGAGAAGGAGACCAGGCAGAAGGAAUACAUGAAGAUGAUGGGGUUGAACAACUGGUUGCACUGGGUGGCUUGGUUCCUCAAGUUCCUGCUUUUCCUUGUGAUUUCAGCGUUCCUCAUGACCCUGCUGCUUUGUGUAAAGCUCCGGAACCAGAGGGCAGUCCUGCAGCACAGCGACCCCACACUUGUCUUCUCCUUCCUGAUGCUGGUUGUCGUUUCGACCAUUUCCUUCAGCUUCAUGAUCAGUGUCUUCUUCUCCAAAGCCAACACGGCAGCAGCGGUCAGCGGAUUCCUGUACUUCCUAACCUACGUCCCCUAUCUUUUCAUCGUACCACGCUAUCACACGAUGACCUUCGCACAGAAAGUGGCGUCCUGUUUAUUCUCCAAUGUGGCAAUGGCAUUGGGCUGCCAGUUAAUUGGCAUGUUCGAAGGCAAAGGAACGGGUAUCCAGUGGGUGAACAUUAACCAGCCAGUGAAUGUGGAUGACAGUUUCACCCUUUCUGAUGCGAUGGGCAUGUUGAUUAUUGACUCUAUCUUGUAUAGUUUGAUCACUUGGUAUGUGGAGGCCGUGUUCCCGGGGGAAUAUGGAAUACCAAAAGUCUGGUACUUUUUCAUAUUGCCCUCUUACUGGCUCAAGUCACCAAAAUCCACCUACGUCAAGGUCAGCAGUGAGGAAGAGGAACCAGAGGCCUUCCAGAACAAUGAAUACAUUGAGGAUGACCAGUCUGACCUAGAGGCUGGGAUCAUAAUCAAAGACUUAACCAAGGAGUUUCGUGCCGAUAAUCAGACGAAGGUGGCCGUUUCCCAUCUCACUGUGAACCUGUACAAGGGGCAGAUCUCGGUCCUGUUGGGUCACAACGGGGCAGGGAAGAGCACCACCCUGUCUGUGCUCACAGGCCUCUUUCCUCCUACAAGUGGUACGGCCUACAUUAAUGGGUUCAACAUCUGCAAGGACAUGGCACUGGUACGCCAGAGCCUGGGCCUGUGCCCACAGCAUGAUGUUCUGUUUGACAGCCUGACCGUCAAGGAACACCUCUCCUUCUUCUGCAGGCUGAAAGGCUACAGUCCACAGAAGGUCCAGGAUGCGGUAAACCAAAUGUUAAUGCUGCUGAACUUUGUGGAGAAGCAGAACGCCCCUGUGAAGAUUCUGUCCGGUGGGAUGAAACGCAAGCUGUCCAUUGCGAUUGCUCUCAUUGGAGAUUCAAAGGUUGUCAUGUUGGAUGAGCCCACGUCAGGUAUGGACCCUCUGUCCCGCAGAGCCACCUGGGACCUCCUACAGCAGGUGAAGGCUGGUCGCACGAUUCUGUUGACCACCCACUUCAUGGAUGAGGCUGAUCUCCUGGGGGACCGCAUCCUGAUCAUGGCCAAGGGGCAGGUCCAGUGCUGUGGGUCUCCUCUCUUCCUCAAGAGCCUGUACGGAGCUGGAUACCGCAUGGUGAUCGUCAAGGAGCCUCACUGUAAUACCGUGAACAUCAGCCGUCUCGUCCAGAGCUUUGUCCCCGGGGCUACCCAACAGACCAAUGUUGGUGCAGAGCUCUCCUUUCUCCUACCGAAUGAAUACACUGUCAGGUUUGAGGCCCUCUUUUCGGAACUGGAGCAAAGACGGGAGGAACUGGGAAUUGCAAGUUAUGGCGCCUCCGUCACAACCAUGGAAGAGGUGUUCCUGAGGGUGGGCAAGCUGGCGGACGCCAGCGUGGACCGGGCUAUUCAGCUUCCGCCACUGCAGUAUCAGCAUGAACGCAAGGUGAGUGCCCGGUCCGUCAGGGAGACCGCCAUUCUGGACGGCCUCAUGGGCAACCCCAGGACCGCUGAGCAAAGUCAACCCCUCGACCUCUCCACUGUCAAACCCAACACCGGGGCGAGACUCUUCUUCCAGCAGUUUUACGCUAUGUUCCUGAAGCGAGCUACCUACAGCUGGCGGAACUGGAAGGUGAUCGCAGCCCAGUUUAUGAUCCCGCUUAUUUUCGCUAGCUGCGCGCUGAUUGUAGCCAAGACAUUUCCAGGACCCAAGGACUCGCCCCCUCUAAACCUGACUCUCCGCAAGUACGGUUCCAGCAUUGUCCCCUACUCUGUGGAUGGUAACUCCAGCCUGGCAGUGCAACUGGCCCAGGUGUACGAGGGGCUGCUCCCAGAACAACUUGCAAAGCCCAAGCACGUCAAGGGUGAUCUUAUAAACUAUCUGCUCAGUGAUUCUGUGAAGAAAGGAUCAACGCUUAACGCAGACAUUUUAGUGAGCGCUUCUUUCCAAAGCACCAGAUCAGGUGUUCGGAUUGAAGCUUUGUUUAAUAACCUGGCCUUCCACACCCCUGCAACCUCUCUGAUGCUGGUGGACAAUGCCCUGUUCAAGAUGCUGGCGGGGCCAGAAGCAGCGAUCAGCACCACCAACUACCCCCAGCCCCGCAACGUUACAGAGGAGGCCUUGGACCAGCUGAAUGAGAAUCAGACUGGCUUUGCUUUGUCCUUUAACCUGAUGUAUGGGAUGGCUUUCCUAGCCAGCAGCUUCUCCCUCCUGCUGGUAUUGGAGCGCAGUCUGAAAUCCAAGCACAUGCAAUUGCUUAGUACCAUCCACGUUUGCAGCUUCUGGCUCUCGGCUCUCCUCUGGGACCUCGUGAACUACCUCGUGCCCUGUUGUGCAAUCCUGAUGAUGUUCCAGGUGGCAGGGCUGCAGCCGUUCACUUUCCAGGAGAAACUCGUUGACAUUUUGCUCCUGCUGGUGCUCCAUGGCUGGUCUGUCAUCCCCCUCAUGUACCUCACCCAUUACCUCUUCACCGGCACAGCCACAGCGUACACAACGGUCACCAUCGCCAACAUCCUGUCCGGCACAGCCUCCUUUGUCGCUGUGACGAUCAUGGACAUUCCAGAGCUUGGCCUGAUGAGCCUAUCGAAGGUUCUGGACUCUGUGUUCUUGGUUUUACCCAAUUACUGCCUUGGGCAUGGCUUAAGCGAGUUUUACCAGAACUACCUGCUGAUCGGGGUGUGCACCAGCAGCCCAGUCGCCGAGUAUCUGUGUGAGACAUUCAACAUUACCUACCAAAUGAAUUACUUUUCCUGGGAACACCCAGGCAUUGGCCGGAUCAUUGCCGCCCUGGCAAUCCAAGGACUGGUAUUCGUGGCUCUUCUUUUCCUUGUUGAGUUCAGUGUUUUCAGAAUGUUGUCCAGUUGUAUCCGUCGUACCUUCUGGAGGAAGAAGCUGGCUCCGAUUAUAGAUGCCACGGCCCCGCAUACUGUGGAAGACGAUGAUGUUAUGGUGGAGCGCAUGAAAAUAGAGGAAUCACCAACCAUACAGCUGGACAAACCUCUGGUGUUAAAGGAGCUGUCCAAGGUCUACCCCGGGAAGGAGUCCACGAUUGCUGUGAACAGGAUUAGUUUGGCAGUCAGCAGAGGCGAGUGUUUUGGAUUGCUGGGGUUAAAUGGUGCUGGAAAAACAACCACCUUCAAAAUUCUAACAGGUGACGUGAACGUGAGUGGGGGAGACGCAUUUAUCGAAGGUCGGAGCAUUCUGAAUGGUAAAAAGGAGGUGUGGCAGAAAAUCGGAUAUUGUCCGCAGUUCGAUGGCCUCCUGGAGCACAUGACGGGGAGGGAGACGUUGAGUCUCUACGCUCGUCUCCGCGGUGUUCCCGAGCCGCUCCUCAAGCAGUGUGUGGACGAUGUGCUCCGCAGCCUCCUACUUGAACCCUACGCCCGGAGGCAGGUUCGGACGUACAGCGGUGGGAACAAGCGAAAGCUGAGCACUGCAGUGGCAAUGAUUGGGAAUCCAAGCGUUAUUUUCCUGGACGAGCCGUCGACUGGCAUGGACCCCAUCUCCCGGAGGCUGUUGUGGGAUGUGGUGACCCAGCGUCUCAGGUUGGGCAAGUCUGUGGUGAUCACUUCCCACAGUAUGGAGGAAUGCGAGGUACUCUGUACCCGGCUGGCAGUGAUGGUCAACGGCCAGUUCAAAUGUCUUGGCAGCCCUCAGCAUCUGAAGAGUAAAUUUGGCAGCGGAUACACACUACUGGUCAAAAUCCAGGGGGACCGUUCCAAUCUCCAGACUUUCAAGGACUUCAUUGAGUCUACGUUUGAAGGCAGCCUCAUCAAGGACGAGCACCAGGGAAUGCUGCACUAUCACCUGACCAGCAAGCGGCUCACUUGGGCACAGGCAGCAGCGAGAAGAGAGCAUGUCCUGGGUGGUGGGGGUCCCUGAUGAUUGAUCACAAACUACAGAAAAUCUGCAGAUGCUGGAAAUCCAAGCAACACACACAAAACUCAGCAGGCCAGGAAGCAAAGAGUACAGUCGAUGGUGGAUGCUGCUUUCCUGCGACAACACUCUGUGUACUUGUGCUCAGUGGUGGAGCGUGCUUUACCCGCGAUGGACUGGGCCGCAUCCGUUACUUUUUGUAGGCUGCGCUGGAAGAAAAACAGGUUUUGGGCAGACCAGAGAGCAUUUUUCACCAAGUUGAUGACCUUCCAUUUGCCCUCGGAGUGCGUCCUUGAGAACGGGCCAUAAUCAGAGAGUCCUGUGGUACACAGCUGUUUUGGGAUGAACUGGGACAUGGGCACUUUCAUCCAUCUCCACAUCCUCUUUGUAAAUCCACAGUCUGCAAAGAGGUGGGUGACCAUCUCGCUUCACCGUAGCCGUCCCAGCGGCAGGGUGGGUUGGGGACGAUGGUUUGUCUGUUCAGGAAGGAAGUCCGGGCAGAUUGGACUCGUUAGCUGUGGUUGGCACCUCAUCUAGGAGGAGGAAAACUCUGAUCUUAAACCUCUGCUGACUUCUAGGUAUGCCCACUCACGGGGAACGCUUUGGGAGUUAAGCCUGAGGAAAGAUCCAGAGCUGGCACCCCUACAUUGACUGGCAACUCCUGUGGUGCCGCUGAUUCCAAACUGUAUCGGUCUCUGCCGUUCCUUUGGGUUCUUCAGCUGCAUGGAGAAGGGGAGCCUGGUGCACGGACAACAGCUUGUACUGCCCUGACUUGCACAUAGCUAGGAUGUGAUACCCAUGGUCGACCCAAUCAACAGGAAGGAUGUGACAAGGAGGGGUCUCCUUCCCACAGUCAGGAGCGAGGGUCAGUCUAGCCCUGAGUCCAGGCUGGGUAGGGGCUUAUCACAAGAUACCCUGGGACUUUACUUAAGAGGCAUCAGUUACUGGGCUGGGUUGAUGGGAGACAGUGAUGGCACAGACUGGUUACAAUUCUUCCCUUGCUGACCCCGUGGGGGUGAGUGGUCCUGCUAGCAUGACACUACUCCAGCUUGGCCCGUUCCAAAGAUCAGAGAUCAAUUCCGAUGCCAUCUGUAAGGAGUUUUUGUAUGUCCUCCACGUGACUCUGUAUGGGUUUCGUCCAGCUGUUCCUGAUUCCUCAUACAUUCCAAAGACAAAUGGGUUUGUAGGUUAAUUGUCCUGUGAUUAGGCUAGCGUUAAAUCUGCGGGUCUGUCCCAUGUUGUAUCUCGAAGUAAACAAA